GUCUUCUCUGGGGAAAUUUAAUUGCAUAGUUAGCUCUGCCCACGUUAUUAUACAGUUGAUCCUGGUAGACAAACCUUGACUCUGGAUAUGAAUUAUUAAGAGUUACUUUCCACAACCUCAUUGGGCUUCAGAGAAGUUUUAUGGUGCGUGGUGUAUCGUGAAAUGGGAAUGCCUCCUCAGGCCCGUCUUUUCUGGUAAAUCAUUAAUGCCUCUGUAGAAGCAGGUAAGGUCAAGGCAGCGGUCACCUGUCCUUCUGCUCCCAGGUGGGGUGUGCGGAGCUGGUCUGGGCUCACCUGGGGAGCUGUGCUGCUUCCCUGGGCUCCGAGAGGAAGCUGAUGGCUGCAAUCCAAUUUCUGGUCAGCAGGUGUCCGCAUAACAGGGGACAACUUUUGUUGGCAGACUGAGCAGAGAUAAUAUCGAAUUGUGCCCGAGAGCCCUUACGCUCUUUGACUCUAGGUUUAGUCCCAUCAAAGAGGAUUAAGACCUCAGUGGCUUUGUUCCUUCCCAUGAGUUGAGGAGUGGCUCGAGGCCCGAGGAAUGUGAUUCUUCUUUUCCACUUGAAAGACAAGGACUUGAAACGCCGCCUGAUGACACAGAACAGGCUCUGUGCUCUGCCAGGAGAAAGGCGCGGAGCGGUGCUUGCAUCCGAGGGCAGUGACAACCAGACCUUGGUGUCCUUUGUGUGAGCCGGAUGUGCCUGGCAGCAAACAGGACACUGGUGACUCCAUCGCCCCCGGACGGGUUUCGUACCACAGGAGUGCAGCUCCCUCCUUAAGCACUUGCUAGCAGUGUUUCUGUGAACAAUCAGAAUAAUGUUCAACAUAAACCUGUUGGAGAACCUGAAGGUUUACGUCAGCAGCCGACCUCCGCUUGUGGUCUUUAUGAUCAGCGUAAGCACUAUGGCAAUAGCUUUUUUGACACUGGGCUAUUUCUUUAAAAUCAAGGAGAUCAAGUCACCAGAGAUGACAGAGGACUGGAAUACUUUCCUCCUGAGGUUUAAUGAUUUGGACUUCUGUAUAUCUGAGAAUGAAACCCUAAAGCAUCUCAUCAACGAUACCACAACUCCAGAAAGUACCGUGACCAGCGGCCAGGCGAGAUCUUCUACACAGUCGCCACAGACUCUUGAGGACUCUGGUCCUAUAAACAUCUCUGUUACAAUCACUUUGACGCUGGACCCACUCAGACCAUUUGGCGGAUAUUCCCGCAACGUCACACAUCUAAGUUCCACAAUUUUUGGACACCAAAUCGGACUCUCAGGCAGAGAAUCCCACGAGGAGAUAAACAUUACGUUCACCCUGCCGACUGCCUGGAAUUCAGAUGACUGCGUUCUUCAUGGUCACUGCGAGCAGGUUGUGUUCACAACCUGCAUGACUGUGACAGCAGCCAGCAACGUGUUUCCUGUCACAGUUCAGCCACCACAUUGCGUUCCUGAAACGUACAGCAAUGCUACACUUUGGUACAAGAUCUUUACCACAGCAAGGGACUCUAAUACAAAAUAUGCACAAGAUUAUAACCCUUUCUGGUGUUACAAAGGAGCAAUUGGAAAAGUGUACCACGCUUUAAAUCCCAAACUAACUGUUAUAGUUCCAGAUGAUGAUCGCUCUCUAAUAAACCUGCAUCUCAUGCAUACCAGUUACUUUCUUUUUGUGAUGGUGAUUACAAUGUUCUGCUAUGCAGUUAUAAAAGGCAGACCAAGCAAACUGAGGCAAAGCAAUACAGAAUUCUGCUCUGAAAAGGUUGUUUUGUCAGAAGCAUAAUCCAUCCUCUUCUUUUACUGAGAAUGACUGAGAACCGUAAUCAUUGCCUGCUGAACCCAGAAUGGGUCUUAACACUCUGUGAAUACAUUAUCUUGCAAUGUUGGUUUAUUCCAACCAAAGACAUUUCAAGUGCCUGUAAUUGAUUUGUACAUAUUUAUAAAAGUAUAUUCAGAAUAGGUCAGAUGAUGCACUUGUUCCGCAUUGUAGUGCGGCCAGAAACUUUCAGUCUUUACCUGUGGACAUAGCCGAAUGUUUGUGUAGAUAUGUUUAGUGAUAUGGCUACAUAUAGUCAGAGCAAGAUAUUUUUGUCUAGCUGCAUCUGGGCAGGUUAAGAUGCCUUUGCAAAUGUCUCAAACAAAACAACAAAUCUUUGUUUUUUUGCCCAAUGAUAUGUACAGUGUGUUUGAAACAGUAUGCACCUUUGAUAUAAUACUGCAUUUCCAGAGCCACCAAUCUACUACAUGAAUUAAAUGUGUAUUUGUGUGGCCUGAUACCUUCUUCCAUUUGCUCCUUGCUUGCAAGAAAAGAUAUGAACAUUUUUAGAUUUUUUUUUGAAAAAAAAAAAAUACAUAUACACAUUUUAAUAGUGCUGUAUUUAGGACAAACUUGUGCUUUUAUUCAUAGUAAAAACUUAAGAAGUGAAGUCCCAUUUUAAAAUCUUUCUUACUGAAAACUGCUAAGUUUGAUUAUAUUUUUUUUUCAUUUGGCCUGCUGAAUGCCAGAGAAUCAGUCAGCAUAGAGACUAUCUGGAAAGCUUUCUACUUGGCCUCCCAUCUGCAGUCCUCAAACCCAGAAUAUGCAUCUCUGCUGCAGAGCAGCUUUCUGUAAACAUUUUUUUUCUAGAAAGUGAAACUUGGUUAAAAGAUGCAUUGUAUUAACAAUGCCUGUUGGGGCUCUGCACAGCCUUGGGCAAGUGCAAAUAAUGAAAGAAAAAGAAAUCCCAUAGUCUGUUACUGACUCUCACUUUGGGACUCUCUAUCCAUCUCCGAAGGGCAGCUGAAAAUGACACUUUAUUAGCUUAGUCCAAUUUCAAUUUAAUGCUGUGCACUCGGGGGAAGAUGAUGGAGUGAACUAGGACUGUUGCGCUUAAGGUCAGAGAGACCACACAGUAAAAUUCAUACUGUUCUCUGUGUCCAUUCUUAAAUCAGAGGAGGUUUUGUGAUGUGCAUUUUUCCCUUUCUCAUUCUGGCUUCUGCUGUUUCUUUCCAGCUUGUUAUUUGGCAACCUCCUUAAUUUUCAGGAGUCUGGAUUUUCCUGCAGACAUCUCCACCACUGCUUUUAAAAUCUCACUGAUUGCCUUAAUUGACCUUUCAUCUUGUCUUUGUAGAAUCAUAGAACGGGGUGGGUUGGAAGGAAUCUUAAGGAUCAUCUAGUUCCAACCCUCCUGCCAUGGGCAGGGACACCUCCCACUAGACCAGGUUGCUCAAAGCCCCAUUGGGGCAUCCACAACUUCUCUGGGCAACCUGUUCCAGUGCCUCACCACCCUCAUAGUGAAGAGGUUCUUCCUUAUAUCUAAUCUAAAUCUACCCUCUUUCAGUUUAAAGCCAUUACUCCUUGCCCUAUCACUACAUGCCCAUACAAAUAGACCCUCUCCAGCUUUCUUGCAGGCCCUUUUUAAGUACUGGAAGGCCACUAGAAGGUCUCCCUUCUCCAGGCUGAACAACCCCAACUGUCUCAACCUGUCUUCACAGAAGUGCUCUAGCCCUCUGGUCAUCUUUGUGGCUGUCCUCUGGAGUUGCCCCAACAGCUCCAUGUCCUUCUUAUAUUGGGGCCCCCAGAGCUGAAUGCAGUACUGCAGGUGGGGUCUCACCAGAGUAGAGGGGAAGAAUCACCUCCCUUGCCCUGCUGGCCACGCUGCUUUUGAUGUAGCCCAGAAUACAGUUGACUUUCUGAGCUGCAAGACCACCAUGCCAGGUCAUGUUGAGCUUCUUGUCCACCAACACCCCCAGGUCCUUCUCCUCAGGACUGCUCUCAAUCUGUUCUCCACCCAGCCUGUGUUUGUGCUUGGGAUUGCUCUGACCAGAUGCAGGACCUUGCACUUGGCCUUGUUGAAAUUCACGGGGUUUGCACGGGCCCACCUCUCAGGCCUGUCCAGCCAGGUCCCUCUGGAUGGCAUCCCUUCCCUCCAGCGUGUCGACUGCACGGCUUGGUGUCAUUGACAAACUUGCUGAGGGUACACUCGAUCCCACUGCCCGUGUCGCUGACGAAGAUGUUAAACAGCGCCAGUCCCAGUACUGAUGCCUGAGGAACACUGCUCAUCACUGGUCUCCACGUGGAUGUUGAGCCGUUGACCACAGCUCUUUGAGUGCAACCAUCCAGCCACUUCCUUACCAACCAAGCAGUCCAUCCGUCAAAUCCACGUCUCCAAUUUAGAGACAACAUCGUGCAGGGUAGUGUCAAAUGCUUUGCACAAGUCCAGGUAGGUGUUGUCAGUUACUCUUCCCCUAUCCACCAAUGCUGUAACCCUGUUGUAGAAGGCCACCAGAUUUGUCAGGCGCAGUCUGCCCUUAGUGAAGCCACGUUGGCUGUCACCCAUCACCUCUGUUUUCCACGUGCCUUAGCAGGGUUUCCAGGAGGAUCUGCUCCAUGAUCUUGCCGGGCACGAGAGGUGAGGCUGACUGGCCUGUAUUUCCCCGGGUCUUCUUUUUUCCCUUUUUAAAAAUGAGGGUUAUGUUUCCCUCUUCCAGUCAGUGGGAGUGUCACUGGACUGCUACAGCUUCUCAAAUGUGAUGGACAGUGGCUUAGCAACUUCAUCUGCCAGUUCCCUGAAGGCCCACAGUUGCAUCUCAUCAGGUCCCAUGGGCCUGUGCACCUUCAGGUUCCUUAGCUGGUCUCAGGCCUGGUCCUCUCCUACAGAGCAUGGUUCAUGGUAAUCCCAGUCCCUGCCUUGGCCUCCUGCAACUUGGGCGGUGUGCCAGUGAUCUCUUGCUAGUGAAGACAGGCAAAAAAAAAGUCAUCGAGUACCUCAGCCUUCUCCAUAUCCCGGGUAAUCAGGUCUCUCAUUUCCUUAGAGAAAUCUUUUAGUGCUGACGUACCUAUAGAAGCUUUUAUUGCUCUUGAUGUCCCUGGCCAGAUUUAAUUCUAUCAGGGCUUUGGCUUCCCUGACUCUAUCCCCAGCUGCUUGGACAGUUUCUUUGUAUUCCUCCCAGGCUACCUGUCCUUGCCUCCACUCUCUCUAGUCUGCUUGAGUUUGGCCAGAAGUAACUUGUUCAUCCAUGCAGGCCUCCUGCCUGACUUCCUCUUUGUUGGGAUGCAUCACUCCUGAGCUUGGAGGAGGUGAUCCUUGAAUAUUAAGCAGCUUUCUUGGGCCACUCUUCCCUUCAGGGCUUUGUCCCAUGGCCCCCUACCAAGCAGGUCACUAAAGAGGCCAAAGUCUGCUCUCAUGAAGUCCAGGGUAGUGAGCUUGCUGUGCUCCCUCCUCUCUGCCAUAAGGAUCUUGACCUCCACCAUUUCAUGGUCACUGCAGCCAAGGCUGCCCUUGAGCUUCACAUUUCCCACCAGCCCCUCCUUGUUGGUGAGGUCUGGGAUAGCACCCCUCCUCGUUAGCUCCGGUAUCUCUUGGGGAAGGAAGUUUUCAUCAACACAUUUGUGUAACCUCCUGGAUUGCUUGUGCCCUGCUGUGCUGUCCCUCCAACAGAUAGCGAGGUGGUUAAAGUUCCCCCAUGAGGAUCAGGGCUUGUGGAUGUGGGGCUGCUCCUGUCUGUCUAUAGAGGGGCCUCAUCUACUCAGUCUUCCCAGUCGGGUGGCCUGUAGCAGACCCCUACUACAAUGUCACCUGUCCUUGCCCUCCCUUUAAAUGUGGCCCCUCAGCUCUCUGGCUCCUCAUCCAUCCCCACGCAGAGCUCCAUGCACUCCAGCAGGUCACCAACAUGGAGGGCGAUGCUCCCUCCUUGUUUCCCACACCUGCCCUUCCUAAAGAGCCUUCAUCCUUCCAUCCGAACACUCCAGCCAUGGGAGCCAUCAGGCUGCUCCUGGCUAAAUUGCUGGUGUCCAUAUGAAACAACAGCAGCAGAUAAUAGUCAGUAGUGUGUAUGAGGCACGGUAGCCUCUCGGUGACAUCCCUGAUAGGAGCCCCUGGUAAGCAGCACACCUCUAUAGGGUGUGUCACGUUGGCAGACAGGUGCCUCCGUACUUUGGAAAGUCACCUACUAUCCCCUAUUGCCUUUUCUUAGUCACACUGGUUGUUAUACAGGGAGCAGAUCUGGCUGCCUUGCUCAGCUCCAGCGUCUCUCCUGAUGUGAUGGGUCUUUCCCCUUCAGUCUGUGGAGCAGUAAAGUGGUUCUGCAAGGGCACCUCAGCCUUCGGGGGAAGCCUUUUCCUCCUGCUGGUCCUUGCUGCUGCAAACUUCCAUCCUUCUGUGUUAUUGGCCCCUCUCCCUUCUGUACGUGCCAGUGGGGGAAUCUUUGGCUGUUUGGCUGCGGGUCUACUGCAGGCUGCACUUGGAACCAGCUAUCUAACUCCCUCUCAGCCUCCCUGAUGUCACGCAGUCUUUUCACUGCCUCCUGCAGCUCUGCCACCUGCUGCAGGAGGUCCUCCACCUGGGCACACCUUUUGCAGGUAGGUCUGCAACCCACACAUAUGCUUUUAUCUCUCUUCCUUCGGUAAAUUUCACUCUAAAGUACACAAAACAAGAAAAUCCAAGUCAAUGUCUUACAGUCUUAAUUGUGCUGGCGUAAGAUUUUUAGUUUAUUACACAUAGACACUGUUGGGAAUGGUACCCUACUGGUUUGUGGGCCUGUAUCUAUAGGACUUCAGUAUUCAGUAAGUUCAUGACUCUUCAGAGCAUUUGAAGCAAAUAACCACGCUUUUCUUCAGAACCUGUUUCCAUUCCAGAGUUUUGGUUACUUAAGUGGUGUUAACUAACAUGCAUUUUUCUCCAGGGAUGUUAAGGUAAAGCUUGAGAGAUGGCCUAGUUUGAAGUCUAGGGAUAAAAUGAAGCUUCCGUUUUUUUCUCCUGAUGCUGCUAUGGGCUAAUACUGCUUCACUAAUGUGAGUCAGUGAAGGAAAACAGGUAGACAGCUUCUCCUGAAAAUUGUCUGAGCUGUUCCUAAUGUAUGCAUACCCAGCCUUCUGCAUUGAUAAUGACUUCUAGAGUUGCCUACGAGGGUGGCUUGAUCUCGGGACCAAAGGCAGGAAGAGGAAACCGAUUGGGGUGGUGUUGCAAAUUCUGGAAAUACCUAAUAAAAAACCACAAUGCGACUCCUUUAAAAAAGCAAACCCAUAUCCUUUCUGUUUCAGCAACCUAAAAAUCCGCCUCCAAAUGUCCUGUUUAUGAAUUGGUCUGGUGGGGAAAACAGAUUUUUUUUUUUUAAAUCAGCUUUGCUAUUUGGUAAUUAGAGGAGCCUGCUUUGCAAUUUGUCACCCACUGCAUUGAAAUACAAAGAAAUGCUAAGAUUGUGACCAACAAAAGCAAAAGGGAAGAUGUUAGAGAAACGUAUUUUUGGCCUUAGUUUAUCCCUUUGCACCCAUGUAUUGCAGCGGAGAGCUAAGUGUGUCCAUCAGGUUGAAAUGCUGUAAUACUGAGGAAUAUUGGAUUGUUCCUAGGCGCAAUGUACAAAAAUUAAAUGCAGCCAAACAGAAGAGUAAAAACUUAAUAUUAAAGUUCAGAUCAUAUUGAUCUUUCCUUUUUUGUUUUCUUUUUCUUUUUAACUAUGACUUGAAUCAGUUUUGAUUCUAUUUGUACGUGUUUUCUUGUUCUUAGAAAGCUGCCAUUUUCUUUUGCAUUUUUCUUUGGCAUUACAUAGAAAAUCUGAGCCUUGGUUUUCAACCCUCUGCAGGUGAUUGUAGGGUUAAGAUGGCUUUUUUUGUUUUGUUUUGUUCUUACAUUUCACUUGUCUUGUUGCAUGAUGGUUAAUAGCUGAUUUGGAAAUGACAUUUCUCUCCUAGAUUAAUUUUGUGUUUGUAAGAUGUGCAUAUUGCUUUGCAGAAUAAAAACGAUGAAGUUUA